AUGAAGGUCAUCAUCCGCGACGACAAAGAUAGUGCCUCCAAGUACGCCGCCCGAUAUAUCAUCCAUCGCAUCAAUGCCUCCGCGCCGACCCCCCAAAGGCCCUUUGUUCUGGGACUACCCACGGGCAGUAGCCCCGAGAUCAUCUACAAAUACUUAGUGGAAGCGCACAAGGCUGGUGAGGUGUCAUUCGCCAAUGUCGUGACUUUCAACAUGGACGAAUACGUGGGCUUGCCCGAAGAGCAUCCCGAAUCCUACCACAGUUUCAUGUACAAGCACUUUUUCGCCCACGUCGAUAUCAAUCCUGAGAACGUCAAUAUUCUUGACGGGAAUGCCCCUGACCUCCGAGCCGAAUGUGCCGCCUAUGAAGAAAAGAUUGCCCGUGCCGGCGGAAUCGACCUUUUCUUGGGUGGCAUUGGACCAGAUGGACACAUUGCAUUCAACGAGCCUGGUUCUUCAUUACGGUCAAGAACCAGGGUCAAGACGUUGGCAGAAGAUACAAUCCGGGCCAAUUCACGGUUCUUUGGCGGCGAUCUCAGCCAAGUUCCCAAACAAGCAUUGACGGUGGGUGUGGGCACAGUGAUGGACGCUCGGGAGGUGCUAGUCAUCGUCCUAGGCUCUAACAAGGCGGUCGCUCUGGCCAAAACCAUCGAGGGGGGCGUCAGUCAAAUGUGGACCUGCAGCGCACUGCAGAUGCACGAAAAUGCCAUGAUUGUGUGUGACGACGCCGCCACAGACGAAAUGCUCGUGAAAACAGUCAAGUAUUUCAAGAGCAUCGAACAAGUCUCAGCAGAACAGGAGACCGCCAAAGCCACCCCUCAGCGGUCGCAGGUCCGGUUGGACAACUGGCGCGCGGGCCUGAAGGAGCUGAGAAUCGAUACGGAGAAGAAGGACCUACUGGAUCAAGAGGAUGGAGAAUUGACACCGGACAGCAUGUCGUCAAGGCUGGUGGACUCGGCGAUUGCCAUGAACGACAAGAAGAUGGACGAUUUCAUGUUCGACCGUAUGGGCUCCCGUGUUUCGACCUUUGCGGCCUAA